AUGGAUACUCCGAUGACCUAUCUCCCUUCGGAGGUGAGCGACAUUUUCAAUGCCAACAUCACGAUCCUCCAGACGGUGGCUAUGUUUGCAAUCGGAGCAUGGAACUCAUUGGAAGUCGUGAUAGGCAUAUUCGAGCGGUUCAAAAAGUAUCGUGGCCUAUACUUCUGGAGCAUGCAAAUUGCUGCCUGGGGAAUAUUGUUACAUGGCAUACCGGCUCAAAUUCGCUAUACGACAAAAGGCCCUGCCUUUGCCAUGUCAGUCCCGUUUAUCAUAGGCUGGAUCUGCAUGGUGACCGGACAAGCGGUAGUGCUGUAUUCAAGACUGCACCUCGUUGUGGCCGACGUCCGCCAUGUACGAUGGGUCCUAUGGAUGAUCAUAGGGAAUCUUUUCAUUCUUCACAUUCCCAUGACAGCCCUCUACUUUCUCAACUUUGGUAAUGCACAAUAUAUGCUGGCAGCAGCAAUCUACGACCGCUUCCAAGUGAUAGGAUUUGCCAUCCAAGACACGGUGAUUUGUGCCAUCUAUGUCCGCGAAGCAUACCGAGCGCUCAAACCCGUCGUCGAAUACAAAGGCAUCCAGGGGCGAGGAAUAAUCUAUCGAAUCAUCAUCGCCAAUCUCAUGGGAAUCCUGCUCAACGUAUUGAUGAUUAUCGCCGAAUUCAAACUGCACUACAUCGCCAUCAGCUUCAAGACAGUCGCCUACAGCAUCAAGCUGAAACUCGAAUUCCACGCCCUCAUGCAGCUCCGUGAGCUGACACGAACCUACCCCUGUGCUUUAUGCCAAGGGGCUAAUGGCAAUACUCGUUGUUCAAGCGAGGUCAAUAUCUUCGAUAUGUUCGCGCGCAAUUCCUCGUCACGGGAUACCGAGGUGCAGGCUAUCUCUGGUGCUACAGCGAUCGCCAGCCCGGCGCAUUCAGUCCGGCACAGCGACACAUACGAUUUCCAUGAGGCAAUGCGCGAGACCUUGUCGACUGUGAACUCUGAUGAGUCACAGCCAAGUCCUCGGCCUCGAAUCCAUUCGUCAGAUACACGGUCUACGGUUGAAAUGACAUUGCUCGAGCGCCCUAAGUAA